UAUACACUUCUUGAUGGGCCUAAAUGAGAUGUACACUGUUGUGCGAGGGAACAUCCUCAUGAUGUCUACUUUGCCUACAAUGGCACAGGCAUUUGCUAUCUUGUCACAGGAAGAGAGGCAGAGAGAAAUGAAGCCUUCAAAUCAUAUGGCUUUGGAGUCCACUUCACUUAAUGCAUCUAUGUUGUCUCAAAGUAAUUCAACAAAUUCUAGUUCUUAUAAAGGAGGCAUAGGUAGGGGAAAUGGAAGUUACAACAACACUGGCAGUUUUAACAAUAACAAUGCUGGAAAUUUCAACAACACUAAUGCCUAUAGGGGAAACUCUAAUGCUGGUAACAGAUCAAAUAUGUUUUGUGAGUAUUGUAAACGAACUGGACAUGUCAAAGAUAGAUGUUACAAACUUCAUGGCUAUCCAACCAACACAAGAAAUCCAAGAGGAAGAGGAAGAGGAUCCGCAGCAAAUGUACAUACCUCUGAGGGUGAUAGUUACAAAUGUGAAGAGAGUUUUGAGCAGGGAAAACAAAUGCCAGUGAAUCUAUCAAAGAGUCAAUAUGAGCAAUUGCUCAAUUUGCUUGGAAAUGAGUCUGAAUAUUCAAACAAUGUGUCAAGUGGAGCUGCAAGUCUAGCAGGGCCCUUCUCUGAAGAGCCCUCUGGCACUUGGUAAAGCAAGGAGUGGUUUGUAUCUUUUUUGUUCAAAGUGUCACAUUCCAUCUGUAAAUGAUGAUACUGGUUCCCAACAGAAGUUUCAAUCUGUUUCCUUUAUGAACUACUGUAAAG